AUGGAUACCACCGAAUCGCUGCUCGAGCGAGCCUCGCUGCUGCCAUUCCACCAAGCCAUCAUCAGUUCGCUGGUGCCAGGUCCAGACGAUUCACCGGAUGAGGGCGACGUCUUGGUCAUCAUGGCCCGAGGCCUCGGUAUGCGGCGCAUCGUCAGCACUGUCUUGAGGAUCUACGAUGGGCCUAAAAACCUAGUCAUCCUCGUCAACGCCUCUGCAGAGGAGGAAGCUGGCAUCGGCGAGGAGCUCACCACACUGGGCGUCAGAAAGCCCGGUAUGCGCACUAUCCAUCAUGAGAUGCCGGCCAAGCAGAGGCAGGAAACGUACCUCUCUGGCGGGAUCCUUAGCGUAACGUCCCGCAUCCUGGUCGUCGACAUGUUGAGCAAGAGGAUCCCGACAGGGCUCAUCACUGGCCUCGCCGUGAUGCAUGCUGAAAAGGUCACGCCUACCUCUGUCGAAGCAUUCAUCCUGCGCAUCUACCGACAAGAGAACAAGGACGGCUUCCUCAAGGCCUUUUCAGACGAACCGGAGCACUUCACCGCCGGUGUGAGCCCCCUGCAAACGGUGAUGAGCCAGCUAAGGAUACGCAAGGUCGAGCUAUGGCCACGUUUCCACAAGCAGACGAACAAAGACCUCGGCCAAAGAAAGGCAGAUGUCAUCGAACUCCACCAACCACUCAGCCGUUCGAUGCGCGACAUCCAGACUGCCAUUGUCGAAUGCCUGGAUGCGACGCUGUCCGAGCUCAAGAGGGGGAACGCGAACGUCGAAACCGACGAUUUCUCCAUCGAGAAUGCCAUCUUCAGAGCGUUCGACGUCAUGGUCAGGCGUCAGCUCGAUCCGAUCUGGCACCGCGUCAGCGGCAAAACGAAGCAGCUUGUCGGCGACCUGACUACGCUCAGAAGCCUGCUGAACUAUCUGCUCACGUACGAUGCCGUGACGUUCAACUCCUUCCUCGAGACGAUACUGGCUUCUAACACGACAACAGUGAGCGGAACGGCUCGCCAGAAUCAAUCCCCCUGGCUUUACAUGGAUGCGGCCAACACAAUCUUCGUCGAGGCCAAGCGGAGGGCGUAUCUGUGGACGGAGAACCCGAUGCUCUCGCGAUCCUUGGACCAAGACGGCAUCGACGCGGACGGCGAGGAGGCCCUCCGAGAGGCGGAGGCAACCACGAGCGCCGAAGGUGCGCGACAACGGACGGCUGCCGACACACAGCUGCCAGAACAAGUGACGCCCGUCCUCGAGGAGCUGCCGAAAUGGCACCUGUUGAAAGAAGUCCUCGACGAGAUCGAGCAGGAGAUUCACUUUUCGGAGGUCGAUCUAACCGGCCCAACCAACAACACGAUCUUGAUCAUGACCAACUCGGAACGCACCUGCUCGCAGAUCCGGGAGAUCCUCUCUACUAUGCACCAGUGCCCUCCCGACAGUCCCGGGAAGCUUCUGAUGCGCCGGCUCCUGCGCGACUACUUCUUCUGGAAGGGGGGGCUGGGCAAGCUCAACGCCAACCUCAGGAGUGAUGGGCAGGCGUCAUCCGGGCCCUCGGACGCCAAUCGCCUCGAGCGAUCAGGUGAAAGGGGUGCGGCAACUUCCGAGGCCCUCAAACGGAAAGAGGCUUUUCAGCAACGGGGCCAGCAACAGCUUCUCAAGAGGCGCAGGCAAAGGGGCGGUGCGGCGAGCGUCGCCGGCGGUCGCUUCACGCGUGGCUCUGCAUCGGAGGGUGGCGGCGCAGCGCUAGAGGAAGAAGCGGGCCAGGUGUCUAAGUUUAUCGAGUCUGCCCUAGCUCGUGCGGAAGCAGACUUCGGCGAGGAGGCUGUCGGUGAAGCUUCCUCCCGCCUCGCAGAUAUGGACGAGGUCGAGUUCGAUGCCUUCUUUGGCAUGCUGAGCAUGGAGAACCUGGUGGUCGUACGUCCAUAUCGUGGCGACCAAGACGACAAGAUCCUGCAAGAGCUCCGGCCACGCUUCUUCGUCAUGUACGACCCGGAUCCAGCGUUUGUCCGACGCAUCGAGGUCUAUCGCAGCACCAACCCGGGCAUCGGUGCCCGCGUCUACUUCCUCAUCUACGCCGACUCUGUCGAGGAGCAGCGUUACCUCAGCGCUCUCCGGAGGGAAAAAGAGGCAUUUGAGCGGCUCAUCCGGGAAAAGUCCAACAUGGCCCUCCCCCUGACAGCCGAUGGCCGACCCAUGGCGGAGGACGCCGAUCAGCGAUUCCUUCGGACAGUCAGCAGCCGAGUGGCAGGUGGCCAGAGGACCGCUACCGCGGAGCCUCCAAGGAUCAUCGUCGAUAUGCGCGAGUUCCGUUCAAGUCUGCCGUCGAUGCUGCACGCGGCCAACAUCCAGGUGGUACCCUGCACGCUACAGAUCGGAGACUACAUCCUGUCGCCCACAAUGUGCGUCGAGAGAAAAAGCCUGCCCGACCUGGUGCAAAGCUUCAACUCGGGACGCCUGUACACUCAAUGCGAGCUGAUGAGUGUCCACUACCAGCACCCCAUCCUCCUAAUCGAAUUUGAGCAGGACAAGUCGUUCUCACUCCAGACCUUGAAUGAAGGAAAAAGCGUUGCGAUGCGCGGCGCCAACUCAGAACUCGACAUCCAGGCGAAGCUGGUUCUCCUGACUUCUGCCUUUCCUCGUCUCAGGGUCAUCUGGUCCAGCUCGCCGUUUGCGACGGCAGACAUCUUUGCCGAGCUCAAGCAGAAUUUUGAAGAGCCCGACGCCGCGCGCGUGGCGAUGGUCGGUCUCGAAGAGUCUACGGGCGCGACGUCUGAAUCGGGUAAAGGCCGCAGCAUCAACCCCAACAGCGAGCACUCAUUCAACCUGGCGCCGCAAGACAUGCUCCGGGCUCUGCCUGGCGUCACGACGAAGAACUACAGGUACAUCAUGGGCCAGGUCAGGGACCUGGCAGACCUCUGCGACAUGUCGGCCGACGAGCUGCGUGACCUCAUCGGGGUCGAACCGGGUCGUCAGCUGACCAGAUUCAUCCACAGGGACGUCAAACAGCAACCGCGGCGCUAA